AUGUUUAUUUCAAAAGAGUUUAAUAAAAUAUGUCUGUUGUGUCGUUUGUGCCCAAUUGCUAAUUUUGCCUGCCGUCUUUCCACAACAGUCAUGUAUCGAAAUAAACGAUUUUCAGGCCCAAACAUGAAGGAUUACAUAAAUUUUAUUAGACCUUUAGUGCACCUCAAACAUAACACCAAUUACAAGUCAUUUCAUUUUAGUUUGCUAUCAUAUAAUAUACUAGCUCAAGAGUUGCUAGAAAAAAAUGCUUUUUUAUAUGAUUGGUCGGAUGACCGUGUGUUGAACUGGGACUAUCGAAGACAACUUUUGUUGAAUGAAAUAAAACAAUUUAAUGCAGAUAUAAUUUGUUUUCAAGAAGUUCAAGAGUCUCAUUUAAAUUGGUUCUUUAAGAAAUUAUCAGAUUUAGGGUAUAAUGGUGUCUAUAAAAAACGAACUCGUUUUCAUUGUGAUGGCUGUGCUAUAUAUUACAGAAAUGACAAGUUUACAUUAAAAGAAAAGGUCACUGUAGAAUACAAUCAACCAGGAGUAAAUGUAUUAGAUCGAGAUAAUGUGGGUAUUGUGUUGAGAUUGUCACCACGGAGAAAUGAAGCAGAAAAUAUAAUUGUUUCGACUACACAUAUCUUGUACAACAAAAAAAGGCAUGAUAUUAAAUUGGCACAAGUUCAUUUAUUACUAGCUGAAAUUGAGCGUGUUGCAUAUAAAGGGUACAAAAAAGUUGGUGAUGAUAAUAUUCCUGAAUACCAUCCAAUAAUUUUGACUGGGGAUUUCAACUUGGAACCUAAUACUGCUGUUUAUGAUUUUUUAAUCAAUGGUGCUCUAUUCUACAGUAAUUUACAAAAACCAACGCUUUGGACUCAAAAUAAUCAAAGUGGAAGAUGUAACAUGGGAAAUGAACUUAUUCCAAAGAGUUUAGGCAUCACUGAAUAUAGUCAGCAUUCAGACAUUUUAGAGUUAAGAAAAAUAAAUAAUCAUAAACGACAAAUUAAUGACGGUCUUUAUUCAAAGCUACAUCAUACUGAAAGAAAAAAUGAACAACUAUUAUCAUCACCGUCAUCAGAAUUCAAAUUUGGGUCUGGAAACUUGUAUCAUAACCUUAAGUUUUCUUCUGUAUAUAAUAACAAUAAUAGCUGUUCUACAUAUCAUGACCAAUGGACUAUUGUAGAUUACAUAUUUUACACCAGUACAAAUUUAAAACUGAGAGCUUAUAUGAAGCUUCCAAAUGUUGCUGAAUGCCAACCAAUAUUAUCUAUGCCAAACAGAGUAUCUCCGUCUGAUCAUCUACCACUGUUUGCUAAAUUUAUCUAUCAAAUAAAAUAA